AUGCUUGUUCCUGAAAAGAAAUAUCUGAAAUCUUUAGGUUAUUCAAAGAAAAAAAAACAGAAGAAAAAUGUAAAUGCUGAUCCUGGAGCAAGCCAGAUUUCAGAGGAAUCUGCUAAAGUAGAUUUAGCUUUUAUAUGUGACAUCAGGAUUUCAAGAGAUCUAUCAAAUCAUGAAAAACAGCAUGUAGAGGCAAGAAAAUGCAUAGUGCAAAAAUGUCUUCAGAAGUUUCACAUUGAAUGUCCCAAGGACAAUGUCCCCACUAUUGCUGUACUGGGUUCAGGUGGGGGACUGAGGGCUUUAAUUGCACUGCAGGGAACCCUGAGAGAGCUGCAGGAACAUGAUAUGCUGGAUAUAGUGAUGUAUCUUUGUGGAGUAUCAGGUUCAACAUGGUGUAUGUCAUACAUUUAUGAAAAUGAAGAAUGGGGAAAACAACUAAAGAGUUUGGAAGAGAAGUUAUGUGAGAAACUGGUAGAUCCACACCGGGAUUGGAUCAAAGCGUUAAAAAACCUGAUUGAGUCAAGUAAAGAUGACACAUACUCCUUGACUGAUUUCUGGGGUUGUUUUGCAGUUUACAAAAUAAUUCAUGAACUGGAUGAUCAUCAUCUGUCUGAUGAACAGACAAUUUGUAAGAAUGGGAUAGUUCCUUACCCAAUCUAUGCAGCAGUGGAUGCAACCAAAUUAGAUGAUGCUGCAAAUCGAUUCCACUCAGAUAUCUGGUUUGAAUUUACACCACAUGAGAGUGGAUUCUUUAACCCUGGAGCAUUUGUCGAUGUGACUUAUUUGGGAAGCAAGUUCAAUAAUGGCAAACUGAAGGAAAAGAAGAAUGAAAAGAAAAUGACUUAUCUGAGAGGAUUAUGGGGAAGUGCUGCUGCAGAUUUCAAAAAAGACAUGAAAGCUUCAAUGGGUAUUUUAAUAGGUAUUUUAAUAGAUAUCCUUAAGAAGUUUAUUUUUUAUUAUGAAGCAUCAGAAUACAGAUGCUCCUGUGUCUACUGUAAAGUUGCUUUAGAGACAAUAAAGUUCUUCCUAGAUGUUAUGGAAAGCCAAACAUGUAUGAUGGAAAAUAAAACACAUGCAGAUGUUAAGAAGCAUAUCACAAACAUUACAGAAAUCCUAGAAAACAAAGGGCCCAGUGAUACCUACAACUUUUGUUGUACCCUGAAGGAAAUUGAUUAUUCUUUAGACCUAACUGAAAAUGGAAAACACAUUUUGAAACUGGUGGAGACCUUACAGUUAGAAUUUACAGACACUCAUUGCUCUGUUUCCAAACUUCUGCUAUUAGUCAUAAGUGAAUUGGAAAUGAAUACAGAGAAGAUUACUAUGCAAGAGUCAAAUUGGGAGUUCCUAGUACAUGAUAUAUGGGACAUCGUUACAUUUAUGUACAAAUCUCUUGCUUGCAUCCUUACAUGGAAAUGGGGAACAAUUUCUAACUAUACUUACAAAUGCAUUGACCUGAAAGACAAAGACCUGACUGAUAAAACAAAUAUUCAGUUGGUAGAUGCUGCCUUUGUCAUAAAUUCUGCUUACCCGCUUAUCUUGCGUCCAGAAAGAAAAGUGAAACUCAUUCUGUCUUUUGAUUUUAGUGAAGGAGAUCCUUUUGAAACUAUCAAGGAAGCAAGUCAAUACUGUAAGGAAAACAAGCUUCCCUUUCCUGAAAUUGAUGCCCGUAAUUUAGACAAGGAUAAAGACAACCCUGAAGACUGUUACAUCUUCAGAAGCAAUGGUUGUCCAACUGUCAUGCACUUUCCACUUUUCAACAAAGUGAACUGUGAAGGUCACGUAUCGGACUGGCGUAAUAGGUAUAAAACCAUCAGCACAUCUUACCCAGAGCAAGACAUCCAAAAUCUUCUUGAAGCAGCAAAAAUAAAUGUGCGAAAUAAUGCUGAAAAAAUCCUGCAAACAUUGAAAUCUGUAGCAAAUCCUUAACAACUCUACAUUGUGGAUGUGAAUGUUGAGAUUCUCUUUAUCUUAAAGGCAAAAAACUUGAGGAAUCCUAGAAUUAAAGGAUAGUUUUAUUGAAAUCUUAUAAUUUGUAGUUUAAUAAUUAGUAUAUUUUACUUUGUUUGUUUUUAUUUUGCAAAUACUUUUCUAGGUAAAAAUGCUGAAUAUGGAUCACUAAAAUUAUGUUUCUUGUUAUAAUAUAUAGUUUGCAUUUAUACACUCAUUUUUAUCAUAGGUAGCUGGAGGGUGCCGUAGAUGUAAUAGGUUGGCAAAAAAUAACUAUUCUCAGAAUUAUCAAAUUAUUAUUAAUUCUCACUUGAUUAUUGUUUUUACAAAGGCUGUGAGUGUUCAUCACUAGAAGAAUGCUUGUUUUUUGCCAUCUCCCAUCUAAAGUAUUCUAGAGCAUGGGGGGGGGGGGAUCAGUAUAUAAUGUCUGCUUCCAAAGUUACAAAAUAAAGUUCACCAGAAUGCAACAAAAUAAAAUGUAUAUCAUUGUAUUAUUUCCAUCCGAAUGACAAGAUAGGUGCAUACAUUGAUAAAUGAAACUAUAUAUUGUGAAAUGCUUUAAAAAUUAUUUGAAUUGUUAUUUUUAUACAUUAAUACUCU